GUGGACGGUAAAGGGUAAAGAGCAUGGCUAUAUAAGCCCUGUCGUCUGACGUACCGUACAUUUAGUUACGGUGUUCAAGAUAUAGACACGCAGGAUGAAGCUGGGACUCGCACUUUUAUUGCUCGUGGUCGUUGUCGGUUUUGCGACAUGUAUGCCGGCUGAAAAGAAACUUUCAGUGGAUGAUAGGCUUCAAAGAAUAAGAAAGCUUAAAGGUGAAAAAAUGGGAGAUGGGGAGAAAGAAGGCGAUAAAAUGGAACGAAAAUGGCCGUAUGGAUGGAUUGAAUUUGCUUCACUCGUUGGCAGAUGUGAAACCGCUAGAAAUUGGAUUGAAAUUCUUGGAUUGGAAGAUUUGCCAGCUGGCGACAGCAUUCUUGUAGAGGCUUGUCCAAAAGUUUACGAGUGCGGCGCACAUUUGAUGAAUGCAACAGAAGAAGAGAAGGCUGGCGCCACUAAGUUCAUGAAUGACAUUUUCCCCCUCCUCCAGUGUGUCAAUCUUCAUGCCGAGAAAGAGGAACUUGCAAUUGCCCUUCUGGUCGCCGAAAAAGAUAGUGCUGAAGACGUGUACAUGACAGAAACCGGACCUCUGUUCGGCCUGUGUGACAAAGUUUUUGAAACCUACGAAAACGAAGUCAAAGAAUUGAACAAAGACUUGGAUGAAGUUGAAGAAGAGGUCGAUGAAGCAAUAACCGAAGCGGAAGAAGAAGAAACAAAAGUAGAAGAACGUGAGACAAAGAUUAAAGCCCUCCUCAGACAAUUGAUCAAUACAGCAGCAAAGAAGCGCUAAGAACAUAUUCGAUUCGGAUGGACAAUGAUUGAACGUAACCUGUCAUCGAUGCUGGACGUGUAUUUCUCUUUUAUCAUUUUACUUGACAUUUAGAAACAUUAUUUUAAUUUAUUUUGUUUCAAAUCUACAUAAUAAAUAUAUAUAUCAAUCCAAA